AUGGCAGAGAGAUAUCUAGAUUCUUUAGCAAAACUUGAUGGUAAUCAACUUCGCAUCAUCGGUGAAAUUGUAAGGCCCAAGGGUACACACGGUGCAAUUCUUGAAUUGCAAAAAAUAUUAAACAACAUUAAAGAAAAAUCACCUGAAGAAUCUGAUGAUCUCUUUGAAGAUAAAGAUACUUUUGAAAACGAUGAUAAAAACCUUCAUAAAGAAAUCAUAUUAUAUAUUGAAGAUCACACAAAUGCUGAUGUUGCAUUUAUUUUUGAUUUAAUUAGGUUUACAUGCGAAAUGAUCGCAAAAGGAAUCCCUCAACGACAAAAUUCUGAACGAGACAUUGAUAUGUUUAUAAAGAGACACGUAUUCUCUUGCUUCGACACUAUCCUAGAUAGUCAUUUUGGUGAGGUAGUGUCGAGAUCUUCUAGAAAUUGUCGAGUAGAAGCUAUAGAUGCAUCAAGUAAUAUAGAAGGAUAUCACCUUGACUGGAUGUUUACGAAACAUGAUUUAGGAAAAGAACUGUGCUGGGGUCGGGAAUUUUCACUUUGUGAGCGAGCUGGCUCCAAGAGUGAAGAUACACGAAAGGUUCUUUCGAAUACUCUUAAAGUACAAAAAACCUUAAGGGAUAUGCAUCGAAAUUUAUUUGAAUCAAUAUCUGCUGAGAGUAACGGAACGCUAUCAAAACCAGUCAUUCAUGCUAGCACCAAACUUUUGAUGCCUGGAUUUUUGUCAUCAUAUUUUUUCUUACGUAUAAUUUUAAUCAUCUAUAUUGGAGGUGGAUUCUAUGUAUCUGCCAAUUUAGCGGAUUUUUACAUUCCAACAAAAUAUGAGGAACUAGAGUCAAUCCUUAAAAUCUCGCGUACAAUGCUUCAAAUAAAGAAAUUAUUAUCCACCACUAUUUCUCGAUUUAAAAGUAUGAGAAACAGAGCAGAAAAGGAAAAAUUUUCUCCGGGAAAAGUGAAAGUUCCUACUAGAAAGCAGAAAUUCGGAUCGCCCCCAAAACCGAAGAAUCCAAUUGAACAGAAAAGGCCGGAUAAAUAA